AUGGGAGAAAUGGAAAAGGAAGAAAAGAAGCUAAAAGGAGAGGUGUACGGCCGUCUAGAAGAAGGCGAAGCGGCAGCAGGAGAGACAUGGCGUACUGCAAUGCUACACCAACCUCUUGGGGGCGAGCACCUCAUCUUAAUGGGCGCAGCAACUGAGCGCUUCAUCUUUGAUUCAAGACGUGUUCAGCUCGUUGUUGGAAACCGUUGUUGGUGCCCCAGAUUGGGAAGUGACCCGGUUUUGCAGGCCCAAAAGAGCUUCGCUCUGGCAAGGGCCCUCGUAGGAGGGGCCAUGCAAGGGGCUUAUCCAACCUAUGAAGGUUGGAGUGAAAAGUCGUUGUUGGUUACAAAUUCCUUCUCGUUUCUGAAAGGCGGCGAAGUAUUCCCACAGGAGCAGUAUGACCGAUACCUCAGCGCAUCAAGACAACACGGUGUCAAGCCGGUAGCAGAUGACACGGGUCCGCCUAGCAACCUUCCGCCUAUCAAGGACGUCGACCCUUCUGCGGUGAAUGCAUUCUUCGCAUCAGACAUACUCUCGGAGAUCUCCAAGCAGGAACCUCCUGUUGUUUCUCAACCAGAAAGCACAUCCAAGUCCAAAACAUUGCCGAAUGUGUCUGAAGAUGCCGAUUUUUAUGCAUCCGAUGCUUUAUCCCAGCUGGAGCAAGAAUCAAAACGUGGGAAAGGAAACUAA